CAUCGAGGUGAAAGUGCAAGCUGCCAUUUUUUUAAAAGAAGUCUUUUCGAUGAGUUAGGCGACCGAAGCCAAAGUGUGAGUUUUACCGUUAGGGUUUCGUAGUUUUGUCUUGUAUGGUGGUGCUGUGAGACAUAUUAAACAGACGUGUUACAGAAGUUCUGUACUCCCUGAGUGUGUUUGAAGAGCAGGCUAGCGCUGCUCCGCAGAUGGCUGCUUAGCUCGGCUGGCUAAUAUUAGCAGGUGCUGUAAACAAACACAAACAGCUUCUGAUUAAGGAGCUCAUCUUCACCGCAGGUUUGCUUUGCAGAUUUAGUCCAUAAUUGAGGUAGUUGGGAUCUAAGGUAACGUUUGGGAGCAGCGGUAGGCUGUUUGAUGCUACCUGUCUGUAAGUUAGCGACACAACUUCAGUUUUGAUGACAGUGCGAGUCUCUCCAAAAUAGCUCGGGGCUCAGUGGCGUUAGAGCGGGUCGGAGUCAGUCCGGUCACAGGGGAAGCUCGCACUCACUCACCGGCAUGUCGUCCUUCUCUGAGUCGGCCCUGGAGAAGAAGCUGUCGGAGCUGAGCAGCUCGCAGCAGAGCGUCCAGACCCUGUCUCUGUGGAUCAUCCACCACCGCAAGCACUCGGCGCUCAUCGUCAAAGUGUGGCACAGAGAGCUGAAGAAAGCUAAAAGCAGCAGGAAGCUGACGUUUCUGUAUCUGGCUAAUGAUGUCAUCCAGAACAGCAAGAAGAAAGGCCCCGAGUUCACCAAAGACUUUGAGUCUGUGCUCGUCGAUGCCUGCUCCCAUGUUGCCAGUGAAGCAGACGAGAGCUGUAAAAAGCACAUGGAAAGACUGCUGAACAUCUGGAAGGAGAGGAACCUCUACAGAAGUGACUUCAUCCAGCAGCUCAGACUGGCCAUAGAAGACUCAAACAGUCCUAGGCCUUCAGAAGAAAAAAAGCCAGUGAAAAGAAGCUAUCCAAAGAUCCAGGAAGAUGAAGACGAUGACGAUAACGACUAUAGAAGCCACACCUCUCCUCGCAACACAGAUGCCUUGGCAACUCAGCUGACAGAGGAGCUGGUAAAAGCCCUGCAGGACUUGGAGAACGCUGCAUCAGGCGACGCUGCUGUUCGUCAGAAGAUUGCCUCGCUGCCGCAGGAAGUCCAGGAUGUUUCCCUGCUGGAGAAAAUUACAGACAAGGAGGCAGCAGACAAGCUGUCAAAAACAGUGGAUGAAGCCUGUUUGCUUCUGGCGGAAUAUAACGGGCGCCUGGCUGCAGAGCUGGAGGAUCGGCGGCAGCUAGCUCGUAUGCUGACUGAAUACAUCAGCAGCCAGAAAGAAGCACUCAUGGAGAGAGAGAAGAAACUAGAGGAAUAUAAGCAGAAACUGGCGAGGGUGACCCAGGUGAGGAAAGAGCUCAAGUCCCACAUCCAGAGUCUCCCUGACCUUUCGCUUCUGCCCAACGUAACUGGGGGUCUGGCCCCGCUCCCCUCAGCAGGCGACCUCUUCUCCACCGACUGAUAGCCCUUUGCCUAGACAAAGUCUCCUGUAUGCCCCUCCCCAGCCAAACUCAGCUCCAUGUUGGAUUUACAAAAAUGCUCCCAGCUGUGUGUCCAGCCAGAGGACACGUGUGGUCAACCCUCUAACAGUCGCUGGCCCACCUGCUAACUCAGACCUGCAGGAUAAAGCGGAGGAAGGUUCUGGUAAAAUGAGAACGCUCUGCAGAGGAGAAUAAAGACUCUGUCAGCCUGUUUGGUUUUUUGUUUUUUUGUUUUUGUUCUUGUUUUAAUUGCCCCCCCCCC